CUGCAAUUCUUUUAGGACAGGAAUAAUCACAAAUCCUCAGCUAAAAAGGUUACAAAUUUAUCACAGUACUAACAUCCAUUUCUGUACUAUUACAACCUUUGACUGCUAGUGCUAAGUACUUUAUUUUCUUUUUACCCCACAACCCCAAAAGCAGUUUUAACACAUCAAGAAUCAAGAAAAUGGAAGUGGUUCAAUUGCAGAGGAGCUUUGUUGAAUGCAUGGCCUCUUUGUUUCGUGAGGGAUUGUUGGAUGCUCAGUUUAGUCAGCUUCAGCAACUGCAAGAUGAUAGUAACCCUGAUUUUGUAGUUGAAGUUGUGUCUCUCUUCUUUGAAGAUUCAGAAAGACUUCUCAAUGAUCUCACCAUGGCUUUAGAUCAGCCCAAUGUGGACUUUAAGCAGGUUGAUGCUCAUGUUCAUCAGCUCAAAGGUAGCAGCUCCAGUGUUGGUGCUCAGAGAGUGAAGAAUUGCUGCGUCCUUUUCCGCAACUGCUGCGAAGAACAGAACACUGAAGCGUGCUUGCAAUGCUUGCAACAAAUAAAACAGGAGCACUUGCUUGUGAAGAACAAGCUUCAAACUUUAUUUGAGUUGGAGCAGCAGAUUGUAGCAGCUGGAGGAGCAAUUCCAAUGGUGCAAUAAUCCAAUGGUUAAGGGAUUAGCCCCUAGUGCAGGAAAAAGCUUACUGAAUUCCAUUUGUGGAGAAGAGUUUUCUUUUACUGAUUUCCUUGUGGAUCACAGUAUCAACUUUAUCUAUCAGGUUCUCUAAAUGGUCUAUGCUUGCUGUAUAUUAUUGAUGAAACAGUGUCGAGAUGUGCUUUUUUUUAUCAACUGAUACUUAUCGCUGUUUUUAAAUGGAAAAAACUUGCUAUCUACUCUA